UUGAUUUAUCACUUAGCGAUUCCAGAACAUCUGACCACCGGUACACAGAAGCCGCCUGAAGGCUACAAAGUGUAAACAACAUUCGUGAGAGGCAUCCUGAGCCACACGACCCGCCUGUUCUGCUAGCCGUCGAGCAAGGGGCUACAAGCAGACCUUAGCUCAAACAUUGACCGCUCACAAAGUGAGCCGGGGCUCGCUCACGAAGUGAGCUAUCGCCUUGCUCCCGCACCGGUCACGAACUUUGAGCACCCAGUAAGCACUCAGGUAACAACUAGUAACAAAGGGCAAAGCCCCAAGUCAGCAGCCAAGGUUAGCGUCAUACGAGCGCCGGGCCCUUUGGUCAAGUUCAUGCGCGCUACUCCCUUGCUGCUAAGUGCCGUCAGCGACCAGCUUCGACUGAUGCCGUGCUUUGGAACUCUGAGUGGACGCUACAACGACUCUUACUCGCACCGCGAGGAGUCAGCGUCCGCCCGCCGGCAAGGGGAAGCUGACCGUUUCGGUGCCGAAGGCCCGACCGCUCCACCGCGAAGUGGCCGCGGAGGCGGCUAUCCCGGCUACACCUCUGACGCAAAGCGCCAGCACCAGGUCACCAAAGGUGGCGCUGCCCGUUUCCCUGAGCGCUCCCAGCCGCAAAGCGGCUACGACCGGGACCGUGACGCCAGCCGCAGCCACUUAGGAGGCAGCGAACGCGAACGCAGCAGGGAGCGCAGCAACGUCCACAACCACGACCGCGAGCGCCCACGCAGCGCAGAGUGCCGCCGCAGCCCUGACCGGCGCGAGUACGACCGCAGCCGCCACGCGCCGCACAGUGGCGCCCAGGCCUGGCAGUACGACCCCGCAGUUCACGGCCCCCCGGAACCCCUGAGCCCUGCCCGCGGUCAGGACCCGGUGAAGCACAUCGCCUGGCUGCAGCAGGCGGUCCAGUGGCACAAGCACGAGGUCCGCACAUCCAACCAGGAGUGCAGCAGGCUGCACGGGCUGCUCUCAGAUCUGCAGUUUCAGCUGCAGCGCAAGCAGGAGGCCAUUGACGAGCUGCAGAACAGGGUCCACCCCCUGGAGCAUCAGCUGCAGCUCAAGACCACUGAGAGCGCGCUGCUCCAGUCAGCCAGCUCCCUUCAGCAGCAGCUGCAGGCCACGAGCGCCAAGGGCGAGCCGCCGCAGUCCGUGCCGCAGCGUGCUCAGCAGCAGGAGACUCCCAAGCCGUCGCUGCUCGCUUCGGGCCGCCUCGCGUUCUCUCCCCGCGCCGCAGAGCCCGAAGGGCCCGACGGCGGAGAGGCGGUGACAGACCAGGAGGAGGAGUGCGACGUGGCGUGCGUCUGCGGCUGCGACCCCUGCGCCUGCUUCGACGCCGCCCCCUCCGAUGGCAGCAACGGUGCUGCGGCCGGUGAGCUAGCGGGCACAGGGUGCUUUGGGUGUGGCGGUCGGGGGAGCCCGCCAGUUCUGGUGGCGGGGGGAAGCAACCGUGCUGCUGCGGCUGCCCUGCGGGCCGUGCUGCAGCAGCAGCCCUCUUCGCAGCAGCGGGUGGCAGUGGGAGGGCUUAGCGGGGUCCAGCCGGCGGCAGGCGUGGGGGGGCCGCCGGCGGCCAGGCCUCGCCCUGCCGGUGCUGGGCCGGCUGGCGUGCAGCAGCAGCACAGUGGCGCUCCCGCGCCACGGCCGCCCUUGGAUCCGCGGGCCGCCGCCGGGCAGGAUCAGGAGCAGUCCGCUGUGAUGCGGCGGUACUUGGCCGAGCUGGCGGACCUCAAUCUCCAGCAGAAACGGCGGUUACAGCAACAGCAGCAGCAGGAACUGCAGCGCCAGGGGCAGUCGCCCAGGCCCCGGACCGGCUCCCAGGUUGUGGUCCUGGCCACGCGGGGGGGGCAGGACGGGGCGGGCGGUGGCCCUGGCGCGGCGGCAUCACGGCGUGGGCAAUGUAUUGACAUAGUUGACCACGUGGGGGACGUGCAGAUGCAGGAGGCGGCGGGUGUGGGUGACGCAGCGGCUGCCACUGGUGGCGCCCGCGGACCACCCGCCGUGGCCUCGCCCUCGCUGCCAGCUCUGGUGGCGGGGGGAAGCACCCGUGCUGCUGCGGCUCCCCUGAGGGCCGAGCGACAGCAGCAGCCCUCUUCACAGCAGCGGGUGGCAGCGGGAGGGCUUAGCGGGGGGCAGCCGUCGGCAGGCGUUGGGGGGCCGCCGGCGGCCAGGCGUCGCACUGCCGAUGCUGGGCCGGCUGGCGUGCAGCAGCAGCCCAGUGGGGCUCCCGCGGCACAGCCGCCCUUUGAUCAGCGGGCAGCCGCCAGGCAGGAUAAGCAGCUGGCAGCUGCGAUGCAGCGGUACUUGGCCUACAUGGCGGACCUCCAUCUCCAGCAGCAACGGCGGGUACAGCAACAGCAGCAGCAGGAGCAGCAGCGCCAGGUGCAGCCGCCCAGGCCCCGGACCGGCUCCCGCUUUGGGGUCCUGGCCACGCUGGGGGGACAGGACGGGGCGGGCGAUGGCACGGCCACGGCGGCGUCCGGGCGUGGGCGACGGGUGCAACCAGCCGCGCACGCACCGCCGCCGCCGCCGCCGCAGCAACAGCCCAGCUCCAAAGGGCGCUGUGGCCCCGCCCAGCUUCCGCAGCAGAGGGCAGGGUGCUUGGGCGGGGGGCUGCCUCCCCCGCAGGACGGUGAUAGCGCGCCGCCGCACGUGCCCACUGGGCGGCCGGCCGGGGGACAGCAGGCUGGUGGGGGCAGCGGGUCGGGGCGCCAGGGUGGAGGAGCGGGGCGGGCAGUGCCCCAGGCGCCGCCCCAGGCGGGGCCGCCACUGCAGACGUCACAACCGGCGGGUGGUGGUAAGGACAGGGGCAGGGGCCUGGGCGCGCCGGCUGGGGUUUCGGCCGACACGGCUGGGCGCGCUGGUGGGGGUGUGGGCAGUGAGGCGGAGUACGGGGCCGUUUGCCUGACCCGGGACACGUGUGUUGCCAUCGGCUCUGACCUCGUGACGCACCAGAACCGCUGCGCAGAUGUGCAGGGGUAUGAGUGGACGCAGCUUGGCCGCGAUGCGCUUGGUGGCCGCCUCCUCGCCUACCUCCGUGACCAGGGCGCCACCGUACCGGACUGGGCCGUCUGCCGCGUGCCGGCCGGCCGUACCGCCGUCCUGGCACAGCUGCACGACGAGUUCACUGGCUGGUGGCGCCUAUACUCAGCCCAGCCUGCAGACACGCCCCUGCCUUCCGACGUGACGGAGCAGCUGGAUGACGCCGCGCAGCAGGUGCAGACGGCCUACAUGGACUACGUGCUCCUAGACGCCCGCACCCUGCGGUCCGCUAAGCGUGGGCCGGCGGACCCCGGCGGGGCCAGCGGGCCCAGCCGCCGGCAACGCCAGCACCGCAGCCGCAGUACCUCCAGCCUCAUGAGCCUGGGCAGCGCUCCAUUGCGCCCUGGCGGCGGUUUUCGAGGUGCCCCGCAACUUGCCAGCCUCCUCGCCCAGUUCAGUCUGGUGGACCCUUGGGCGAGCAAGCGUGGCGGCGCUAAGGGCUACACGCAUCCGGCCACGCCCAAGCCGGCCACUCCCGCACGCCUGGAUCGGUGGUAUGUCAGUGCCACCGCGGGGCCGUGGGUGGUGGAUGUCGCUCGCACGUAUGGGGCGCCUGGGGACCACAACGGUGUGCUGCUCACCCUGUCCUUGCCCGACCUGCCACAUGCGCACCGGGAGCAGUGGCGCUUCCCCACAUACCUGCUGUUUCACCCCUCGCUGCGUUUGGAGCUCGAGCAGCGCUUGGAGGCGCACGUUGCCGCAAAUCCCGUGGCCAGUACAGGUGACGGCGCUUGCACGCAAUGGGAGGCGGACAAGUUCUUCUUGCGGGAGGCCGCCACCAGCAUCCACCGUCGGCAUGCACGCCAGACCCGGGAUGGGCUGCAUGGCGUGGUGCUGGCCGCAGACGCGGCCGCUGCCCUGGCCGACCGGCCGGGUGCCAGCGCCGCACAGCGUCAGGCUGCGGCCAUGGCCAACUUGGCGGUGCGGGAGGAGCGGGCAGCUGCCGCAGCGGCCAGCCACAAUGCCCGCGCUGCACUGAUGGAGGAGCAUGGGGAGCGGGGCACUCGCUGGUUCCAUCGGCAGGCUGAUGAGCCAGCAGCCGCCGCUGCAGCCAUGUACAGCAGCACCAGCCCCACCGGCCUGUUCCGCGUGCAGCCGGUCUGUACGGCGUCGCAGCAACAGCUUCUGGCGGCCAUUGACCGCAAGGUUCCAGCUGAUCUGCAGGCCGCCGCAGAGGGGUCCGGUGACGGCGCCCUCAGUGAUGCCGAGCUGAUGGCAGCGCUGGCUGGCUCCGCCAAUGGUAAAGCGCCUGGGUCGGACGGGGUCCCGUACGAGGUGUACAAGGUUUUCUGGGCGCUGCUGGGUCCGCGCUUGUGUGCUGCUGCUGCCGCUGCCUUUGCUGCCGCUGCAGACGCCCACGAUGGCGGCAAAAUGGCGGCGGCGCUGCCCGCCUCCUGGCGGGAGGGCAUCAUCACGCUCAUCUACAAGGGCAAAAGCCUGGACCGCGCCGAGCUGGCGUCCUACCGGCCCAUCACGCUGCUCAACUGCGACUUCAAGAUGGUGUCCAAGGCCGUCAGCGCCCGCCUGCAGCCCGCCCUGGAUGCAGUUGUGGAUGAGCUGCAGACCGCGUUCAUCACCGGCCGCUGGAUUGGAGACAACGCGCUGUACCUCCAAGGCCUGAUCGAAUGGAUGCGCCUGGACGUGGGCGCGGACGGCACGCCACGGCAGGGUGGUGCGCUGUACUUCUUGGACAUUGAAAAGGCGUAUGACCGGGUGCACCGGCAGUGGCUGUAUGCGUCCGCAGAGGGACUGGGGUUUGGGCCGCGCAUGCUGCGCUGGAUCCGCCUGCUCACUGCCAACGGCUCUGCCCGCGUGUGUGUGAACGGGAUGCUCUCUGACGCCUUCCCAGUGCUGAACGGCUUGCCGCAGGGCAGCACCGCCUCACCACCCCUGUGGGUCAUCCAGAUGCAGCCACUGACGUCCUUUCUGCGGCGGCAGGUGGAGCAAGGGGCACUGCGCACGCCCCUGUUACCCAGCGGCGAGCAGGUGCCACCUGCUGCCCACCACGCUGACGACACGACCCUCACGGCGCGCGACCCGGCGGUGGACGGGCCGGUCCUGAUGGCGGCAGUACAGCUGUUCUGCCGCGCGUCCAACGCCCGUGUCCAUCCGGACAAGAGCAAGGCCAUGGGCCUUGGCAGGUUUGCGCACCUGACGGGCCCUUGCCCACACACGGGGGUGCCGUUUACCACCUGCGCCGUGACGCACCUGGGUGUGCCUCUGUCGUGGGACUCUGAUGCGGCUGCAGCUGACCUGUUCACCCGGCGGGCUCGCGGCAUGGCGUUUGUGGCGCGUCUGUGGGCUGCCCUGUCUCUGACCCUGGUUGGCCGGCAACCCUGGAAGAUGCUCACCCGGGCGCUGCUUACUCAUGUGCGCCCGGACUCUGCCACCACGUGGGCGUGGGUGUACAGCGACGCGCCGGUGCCAGCGGGGCUGCCUGCCCGGCUGGCGGCCGCGGUCGGCCACGUGCGGAGCGCGGGCGUGGAACAGCAUCCGCCGCAGCCAGCCACUCAGCCGCCAGCGGUGCCGCCACAGUGGCGGGUUAGCCUGGACCAGCGGUGGGUGGCUAACGCUGCGGGGGCUGUGUCCUACGUCCACUACACGGGGCGGCUCUUGGAGCCUGGGCCUGGCGUGCUGCCCCCGGCAGUGGAUGGGGCGUGGCAGCCUGCCUGUGUGCUGCAGCAUCGCAAGCCGCGGCACCUGUGGACCUUUGAAGAGCGGGCGGCGUACGAUGCAGCAUCACCAGGGGACCGGGCGGGGGCGUGGCCUCGGGCGCCGUACUUCCUGGCGCCGGAGGCUGGGGUGGUGGUGCACCCGGAGCACUGCCGGAUUGCGGGUGUCAGCUUGGCGGACUACACGGUGCGGGACGUGCGGCGGGCCAUCACCGCGGCCAACCCGGCCGCACCGCCGGUUCCGGCCCGCCCCGCAGCCAUGCCGUGCCCGGCGCCAGCACAGCAGGCGGGGGAUUCGGGGCCCCAGCCGGCGGCACAGUCGCGGCUGGCGGAGCGGGAGGCGGAGUGGCAGCGUGCAGCGGCGCAGCUGACCACCACGGCGGCGCAGCACUUCCACAAUAACCCGGUGGCUCUGGACCCCUGGCUCCACCGCACCUCCGCGGCAGCCGGGCAGCAGAACACGCCGGCGCGAGAACUGCAGUCGUAUGCGUCCCCGUCCCAGCAGUCGGCUUAUGCGCAGGCGAGGACGUGGCUGCAGCAGCUGUGGGCCUGCGUUGCGCCCCAGGCAGCGGCGCCGCCAGUGACGGACGCGGGCUUCAUGCUGGGGGACCGCAUGGGUGUGUGGGCAUCAGGCCCGCGGGGAGCGGGAGCGCUGCUGUGGAGCACUUUGCGGGCCACCUUCUUGUACGCCGUCUGGUGUGCGUACUGGUCCCGCGAGCCUGCUAAGCAGACAUUCCUCAAAAAAAAGACGUCGGAGCAUGUGGUUCGGGAGGUGGUCAGCGAGCUGCGCAGGGUGAUGCAGCUGCGUUUCACUGCCGCCACGCUAACCCCUGAAACCCUGUCGGCUCUGCCCACACAGCUUCUCACCGCACAGCUCAAGGCGGCUAAGCUGGAGCACUUUGUUGCCAUCUGGACGCUUCUCACCGCACAGCUCAAGGCGGCUAAGCUGGAGCACUUUGUUGCCAUCUGGACGGCGGGUGGCGCGCUUUGUGAAGUGGAGGAGGUUCAGGGUGCCCCGCAACUUGCCAGCCUCCUCGCCCAGUUCAGUCUGGUGGACCCUUGGGCGAGCAAGCGUGGCGGCGCUAAGGGCUACACGCAUCCGGCCACGCCCAAGCCGGCCACUCCCGCACGCCUGGAUCGGUGGUAUGUCAGUGCCACCGCGGGGCCGUGGGUGGUGGAUGUCGCUCGCACGUAUGGGGCGCCUGGGGACCACAACGGUGUGCUGCUCACCCUGUCCUUGCCCGACCUGCCACAUGCGCACCGGGAGCAGUGGCGCUUCCCCACAUACCUGCUGUUUCACCCCUCGCUGCGUUUGGAGCUCGAGCAGCGCUUGGAGGCGCACGUUGCCGCAAAUCCCGUGGCCAGUACAGGUGACGGCGCUUGCACGCAAUGGGAGGCGGACAAGUUCUUCUUGCGGGAGGCCGCCACCAGCAUCCACCGUCGGCAUGCACGCCAGACCCGGGAUGGGCUGCAUGGCGUGGUGCUGGCCGCAGACGCGGCCGCUGCCCUGGCCGACCGGCCGGGUGCCAGCGCCGCACAGCGUCAGGCUGCGGCCAUGGCCAACUUGGCGGUGCGGGAGGAGCGGGCAGCUGCCGCAGCGGCCAGCCACAAUGCCCGCGCUGCACUGAUGGAGGAGCAUGGGGAGCGGGGCACUCGCUGGUUCCAUCGGCAGGCUGAUGAGCCAGCAGCCGCCGCUGCAGCCAUGUACAGCAGCACCAGCCCCACCGGCCUGUUCCGCGUGCAGCCGGUCUGUACGGCGUCGCAGCAACAGCUUCUGGCGGCCAUUGACCGCAAGGUUCCAGCGGAUCUGCAGGCCGCCGCAGAGGGGUCCGGUGACGGCGCCCUCAGUGAUGCCGAGCUGAUGGCAGCGCUGGCUGGCUCCGCCAAUGGUAAAGCGCCUGGGUCGGACGGGGUCCCGUACGAGGUGUACAAGGUUUUCUGGGCGCUGCUGGGUCCGCGCUUGUGUGCUGCUGCUGCCGCUGCCUUUGCUGCCGCUGCAGACGCCCACGAUGGCGGCAAAAUGGCGGCGGCGCUGCCCGCCUCCUGGCGGGAGGGCAUCAUCACCCUCAUCUACAAGGGCAAAAGCCUGGACCGCGCCGAGCUGGCGUCCUACCGGCCCAUCACGCUGCUCAACUGCGACUUCAAGAUGGUGUCCAAGGCCGUCAGCGCCCGCCUGCAGCCCGCCCUGGAUGCAGUUGUGGAUGAGCUGCAGACCGCGUUCAUCACCGGCCGCUGGAUUGGAGACAAUGCGCUGUACCUCCAAGGCCUGAUCGAAUGGAUGCGCCUGGACGUGGGCGCGGACGGCACGCCACGGCAGGGUGGUGCGCUGUACUUCUUGGACAUUGAAAAGGCGUAUGACCGGGUGCACCGGCAGUGGCUGUAUGCGUCCGCAGAGGGACUGGGGUUUGGGCCGCGCAUGCUGCGCUGGAUCCGCCUGCUCACUGCCAACGGCUCUGCCCGCGUGUGUGUGAACGGGAUGCUCUCUGACGCCUUCCCAGUGCUGAACGGCUUGCCGCAGGGCAGCACCGCCUCACCACCCCUGUGGGUCAUCCAGAUGCAGCCACUGACGUCCUUUCUGCGGCGGCAGGUGGAGCAAGGGGCACUGCGCACGCCCCUGUUACCCAGCGGCGAGCAGGCGCCACCUGCUGCCCACCACGCUGACGACACGACCCUCACGGCGCGCGACCCGGCGGUGGACGGGCCGGUCCUGAUGGCGGCAGUACAGCUGUUCUGCCGCGCGUCCAACGCCCGUGUCCAUCCGGACAAGAGCAAGGCCAUGGGCCUUGGCAGGUUUGCGCACCUGACGGGCCCUUGCCCACACACGGGGGUGCCGUUUACCACCUGCGCCGUGACGCACCUGGGUGUGCCUCUGUCGUGGGACUCUGAUGCGGCUGCAGCUGACCUGUUCACCCGGCGGGCUCGCGGCAUGGCGUUUGUGGCGCGUCUGUGGGCUGCCCUGUCUCUGACCCUGGUUGGCCGUGUGCACAUUGCGAAGCAGGUGCUGGCGGCGAAGCUGGCCUACCACUUCAGCUUCCUCAACCCAUCGCCUGCGCAGCUGAAGGAACUCACCGACCUGGUGGACCACUUUGCUGCGCGCUCCGUGCACGCUGAGGAUGCCAGCCUGGUGUCGCACGGGAACCCGCUCCUGCUGCCAAAGCGGGAGACGGCCUGUCUGCCGUACAAGGAUGGGGGUGUCAACCAUGUCGACCUGCCUGCGUUCCUGUCUGCCCUGCAAGCUAAGACUUUCGCCCUGCUUGCCCAGCCAGGCCGGCAACCCUGGAAGAUGCUCACCCGGGCGCUGCUUACUCAUGUGCGCCCGGACUCUGCCACCACGUGGGCGUGGGUGUACAGCGACGCGCCGGUGCCAGCGGGGCUGCCUGCCCGGCUGGCGGCCGCGGUCGGCCACGUGCGGAGCGCGGGCGUGGAACAGCAUCCGCCGCAGCCAGCCACUCAGCCGCCAGCGGUGCCGCCACAGUGGCGGGUUAGCCUGGACCAGCGGUGGGUGGCUAACGCUGCGGGGGCUGUGUCCUACGUCCAAUACACGGGGCGGCUCUUGGAGCCUGGGCCUGGCGUGCUGCCCCCGGCAGUGGAUGGGGCGUGGCAGCCUGCCUGUGUGCUGCAGCAUCGCAAGCCGCGGCACCUGUGGACCUUUGAAGAGCGGGCGGCGUACGAUGCAGCAUCACCAGGGGACCGGGCGGGGGCGUGGCCUCGGGCGCCGUACUUCCUGGCGCCGGAGGCUGGGGUGGUGGUGCACCCGGAGCACUGCCGGAUUGCGGGUGUCAGCUUGGCGGACUACACGGUGCGGGACGUGCGGCGGGCCAUCACCGCGGCCAACCCGGCCGCACCGCCGGUUCCGGCCCGCCCCGCAGCCAUGCCGUGCCCGGCGCCAGCACAGCAGGCGGGGGAUUCGGGGCCCCAGCCGGCGGCACAGUCGCGGCUGGCGGAGCGGGAGGCGGAAUGGCAGCGUGCAGCGGCGCAGCUGACCACCACGGCGGCGCAGCACUUCCACAAUAACCCGGUGGCUCUGGACCCCUGGCUCCACCGCACCUCCGCGGCAGCCGGGCAGCAGAACACGCCGGCGCGAGAACUGCAGUCGUAUGCGUCCCCGUCCCAGCAGUCGGGUGAGGGGCCACGGCGUUCCGCGCGGCUGCAGGAGCAGGCGGCGGGCGGGGCGGGGCCUAGCACGGGGCCUGCCACGGCGGCGGCGGCAGCAGCGGCGGCGGUGGAGGGCGACCCUCGCAUGCCGCCCCCGGAUGCGUCCCUUGUGCGGGCUUAUGCGCAGGCGAGGACGUGGCUGCAGCAGCUGUGGGCCUGCGUUGCGCCCCAGGCAGCGGCGCCGCCAGUGACGGACGCGGGCUUCAUGCUGGGGGACCGCAUGGGUGUGUGGGCAUCAGGCCCGCGGGGAGCGGGAGCGCUGCUGUGGAGCACUUUGCGGGCCACCUUCUUGUACGCCGUCUGGUGUGCGUACUGGUCCCGCGAGCCUGCUAAGCAGACAUUCCUCAAAAAAAAGACGUCGGAGCAUGUGGUUCGGGAGGUGGUCAGCGAGCUGCGCAGGGUGAUGCAGCUGCGUUUCACUGCCGCCACGCUAACCCCUGAAACCCUGUCGGCUCUGCCCACACAGCUUCUCACCGCACAGCUCAAGGCGGCUAAGCUGGAGCACUUUGUUGCCAUCUGGACGGCGGGUGGCGCGCUUUGUGAAGUGGAGGAGGUUCAGGGCUUGGCAGCGGACAGCACCCCUGCAGGUGGGGGCAACGCUGCCAGCCCGUUCUUCAGCCCCGGGCUGCAGCUCCACCUUGCCCUGUCCACGCAUAGCCUGGCGCACGGAGUGCAGGACCUGACGACGCAGCCUCAGGGCCCCAGCCUGCCUACCUACCCAGUCCUUAUGGUGGGUGCCACCACGGGGCUCCCAGAGGGCGAGCAGCUGUCCUCAGCCGGCGUCCGGGAAGUGACCAGUGCUGCCCUGUCAGUGCUGGACACCAUGUGCCGGCAGGGCAACCAGCCGCAGCUCUUGCAGGGCCACUCUCUGCACAGCACAGGCCACCCCUCCCGCACGUUUGCGGGGCUGGCCUUCAGCCGGCGCGCGACCAGCGCCAGCAAAGCAGCCUUCACAGCGGAGCUCAUGCGCAAGUCGCCGCUGGCGGUACCACUCCAGCGCGGUCAGGCUGUCCUCACGGUUCACGUGCCAGUGGACACCCGGCCCAUCAUUCCGGGCACCUACACCGUCACGGUCAAGAUGGCGGCUAAGCUGGAGCACUUUGUUGCCAUCUGGACGGCGGGUGGCGCGCUUUGUGAAGUGGAGGAGGUUCAGGGCUUGGCAGCGGACAGCACCCCUGCAGGUGGGGGCAACGCUGCCAGCCCGUUCUUCAGCCCCGGGCUGCAGCUCCACCUUGCCCUGUCCACGCAUAGCCUGGCGCACGGAGUGCAGGACCUGACGACGCAGCCUCAGGGCCCCAGCCUGCCUACCUACCCAGUCCUUAUGGUGGGUGCCACCACGGGGCUCCCAGAGGGCGAGCAGCUGUCCUCAGCCGGCGUCCGGGAAGUGACCAGUGCUGCCCUGUCAGUGCUGGACACCAUGUGCCGGCAGGGCAACCAGCCGCAGCUCUUGCAGGGCCACUCUCUGCACAGCACAGGCCACCCCUCCCGCACGUUUGCGGGGCUGGCCUUCAGCCGGCGCGCGACCAGCGCCAGCAAAGCAGCCUUCACAGCGGAGCUCAUGCGCAAGUCGCCGCUGGCGGUACCACUCCAGCGCGGUCAGGCUGUCCUCACGGUUCACGUGCCAGUGGACACCCGGCCCAUCAUUCCGGGCACCUACACCGUCACGGUCAAGAUGGUAGGGGGCCCUGUGUGGGGGGCUUUCCGUGGUCGCACCGAUUUGGUGCUGCAGGCGGGUGGCUAUCCCACCACCUCGGACCCCUCUAACCUGACAUGUGCUUAUGUGGUCUCAGAGCAGUGCGCCAAAUCGGUGGGCCCCAAGGGGGAGCCCCAGGCCCCCGCAGGCCAGGGCAUCACCAACCACAUCUUUGCCUGUGUGCGGGGCCCCACCUGGGACCCGCAGCUCUCUCACCUGCACUGUGCCAAGUUUGAGAUGCCCGGUGAGGAGCCCAUGCAGGUGGAGGUCCGUGGCGCCCCCCAGGCGGCUGGGACGGCCACGACAGCUGUGGCAGGCAGCCCUGCUCCGGCUGCAGCCGGGGUCGCCGACCUGGGUGGCAACACCUUGGGUGUGGCGCGGCCCGCGGCUGCCAUGGCGACAGCAGCGGACAUUGUUGACCACGUGGGGGACGUGCAGAUGCAGGAGGCGGCGGGUUUGGGUGACGCGGCGGCUGCAGCUGGUGGCGCCAGCGGGCCACACAGCGGGGCCCUGCCCCAGCUGCCAGUUCUGGUGGCGGGGGGAAGCAACCGUGCUGCUGCAGCUGCCCUGCGGGCCGCGCUGCAGCAGCAGCCCUCUUCACAGCAGCGGGUGACAGCGGGAGGGCUUAGCGGGGUCCAGCCGGCGGCAUGUGUGGGGGGGCCGCUGGCGGCCGGGCCUCGCCCUGCCCUUGCUGGGCCGGCUGGCGUGCAGCAGCAGCACAGUGGCGCUCCCGCGCCACAGCCACCCUUGGAUCAGCGGGCAGCCGCCGGGCAGGAUCAGGAGCAGACCGCUGUGAUGCGGCGGUACUUGGCCGAGCUGGCGGAGCUCAAUCUUCAGCGGCAACAGCGGUUACAGCAGCAGCAGCAGCAGCAGCAGCAGGAGCUGCAGCGCCAGGGGCAGUCACCCAGGCCCCGGACCGGCUCCCAGGUUAUGGUCCUGGCCACGCUGGGGGGACAGGACGGGGCGGGCGGUGGCGCUGGCAGGGCGGCGUCACGGCGUGGGCAACGUGUUGACAUAGUUGACCACGUGGGGGACGUUCAGAUGCAGGAGGCGGCGGGUUUGGGUGACGCAGCGGCUGCCGCGGGUGGCGCCAGCGGACCACCCGCUGUGGCCUCGCCCUCGCUGCUAGCUCUGGUGGCGGGGGGAAGCACCCGGGCUGCUGCGGCUUCCCUGAGGGCUGAGCGGCAGCAGCAGCCCUCUUCACAGCAGCGGGUGGCAGCGGGAGGGCUUAGCGGGGGGCAGCUGUCAGCAGGCGUGGGGGGGCCGCCGGCGGCCAGGCGUCGCACUGCCGAUGCUGGGCCGGCUGGCGGGCAGCAGCAGCCCAGUGGGGCUCUCGCGCCGCAGCUGCCCUUUGAUCAGCGGGCAGCCGCCAGGCAGGAUCAGCAGCUGACAGCUGCGAUGCAGCGGUACUUGGCCCACAAGGCGGACCUCCAUCUCCAGCAGCAACGGCGGGUACAGCAACAGCAGCAGCAGGAGCAGCAGUGCCAGGUGCAGCCGCCCAGGCCCCGGACCGGCUCCCGGUUUGAGGUCCUGGCCACGCUGGGGGGACAGGACGGGGCGGGCGAUGGCGCUGCCACGGCGGCGCCCGGGCGUGGGCGACGGGCGCAACCAGCCGCGCACGCACCGCCGCCGCCGCCGCAGCAACCGCCCAGCUCCAAAGGGCGCGGUGGCCCCGCUCAGCUCCCGCAGCAGAGGGCAGGGCGCUUGGGCGGCGGGCUGCCUCCCCCGCAGGACGGUGCUAGCUCGCCGCCGCGCGUGCCCACUGGGCGGCCGGCCGGGGGACAGCAGGCUGGUGGGGGCAGCGGGUCGGGGCGCCAGGGUGGAGGAGCGGGACAGGCAGUGCCCCAGCCGUCGCCCCAGGCGCGGCCGCCACUGCAGACGUCACAACCGGCGGGUGGUGGUAAGGGCAGGGGCAGGGGCCUGGGCGCGCCGGCUGGGGUUUCGGCCAACACGCCUGGGCACGCAGGUGGGGGUGCGGGCAGUGAGGCGGAGUACGGGGCCGUUUGCCUGAAUCGUGACACGUGUGUUGCCAUCGGCUCUGACCUCGUGACGCACCAGAACCGCUGCGCAGAUGUGCAGGGGUAUGAGUGGGCGCAGUUGGGCCACGACACGCUUGGUGGCCGCCUUUUUUGAGGAAUCAUCCUUACAAGGUUGAAC